AUGGGGGUCGACUCAUUGUCUCCCAUUGCGCCCGUACGCCUCAGAGCGCUCUUGCUGCCAAUUGGAAAGAUCAGGCGCUCGCGAUUUUUGAGCUUUGCCGCCAGACUUCAGGCCGAGAACGUUGUGCGGCUAGGGGACAUCAGUCCCGAUGCCCGGCCAAACCGAAAUAUGUUCUCUCCGCUUGCGUUUCCCACCGGAAUGAUUCUCUACGAUCUGUCCUUCUCUGUUCCCCCAACUUCGCAUCUUGAGCUGUUCCCGUUUGAGAUAUACAGAGAGCCACUGGUCAUAAUUGCCAUCGCCGAUGGGACGGAACUUCCCAAAGGCUCCGACGAGAAGCAGAGGCACCCUACACCGGAGGGUCUUGAUCAAUUACUGGAGGAGCUGGAUGGGGUGAAGGAGAGAAAUCCACGAGCACUCGUGAACCAACUCCUAGUCUUUGACUAUGAUAAUCUCGAGAGGCUCACAAAUGGACCAGACAAUGUGCUUUGGGUUCCUAGCCCGCAAGCCUCGAAAGCCACCACGAUGAAGACGGUUCUAUGUGAUAUUACCUCGAUUUUGCUUUCGGAAUUAGACGAGUUCGCGAGAACCAUCCAGAGUAUACCCUCGAUUGACUCGCCUAAAGUCUCAUCCUGGGGUCCUCAUCGCAAUCCCGAACUACGACCCAGGCCGGUAGACCGGUUACUGAACCGUAUGACAUUACCAGCACAAAUGCCAUCUAAUCCCAAUGGCGGUGCACCGGACACCCCGUUGAGCUCCAACGCUAGCUCUCCAGCUCCGAGUGAAGAGACACCGACCACAUUUGACGAAAUCACCCGAUCAAUCCAUCUGUCGCGUACCAAUUCUGGCACCAAAAGCCCUUCAGUUACCUCGCCGAAGGAGCAUAGUCGAGAUCGACUGUCUGUCAGUGGGCUGAGUGCUACUGAUAGGACUAAGAAUCGUAUCAAGGGCCGGGCUGGGGUGGUUAUCGGUACUCUUUUCCUGCUGGCAGGAAGAUGGCCAGAUGCCCUGAAAGAAUUGAUAGAGGCAACGAACAAUGCUCGAGCAGGUAGUGAUUAUGUUUGGCAUGGCAAAGCGUUGGAGUCCAUUCUUCUUUGUCUUCUCAUGAUGGGGUGGGCGGGGAUGGAUUUCACAAUCCCAUCUGUCCUUUAUCCAGUGGCCGACAAGUCUUCCAAAUCGCACCGGGACUCAAUUGCUUCUCCGGCUACCCCUGGAAACCGGAUUAUAUCACUCCAAAACUUGGCCAAUUUGUUACCGGAUCUGUCCAAUACCAUCUUGAACCUCUACAACCGGGCUGCCAAUAUCACUGAUGAGCCUCUUCCUCAGCUCAUCUUCUCUGAAACCGUCAUUCGACUAUCCAGGUUGUUGGUUUCAGCUCGUAUUCGAGACGGCGCUCUUGAUGAUAACGCUCUUCAACACAUUGUGAUGAAUGAGCCCUUGAUUCCUCUCCACCAACCUGAGCUUCCGCGCGGAACUGUCUUGCUUCGGAAGUCUGAAAUCGCAAACUUCUUGUUCCGCGCUCUACCACUUGCUCCCGGCGCAGAUCUGCCUGCUACUGAUGCUGUUCCUAUAAUUGUGGGUGCCGUUUCCGUUCUCAAUACCUUAGAUCUUCCGCGGAAAAAAGCUUUCCUUAUGCGUGAGCUUCUUUCUGUUAUGGUGCCUAGUUUGGUACAAGCAAGAAAGAUCGGCGCCGCAGAAGUGGGAAUUCACCCAGCUGCCGGUCUAGCUUCUCUCAGUGAUACCGCAUUUGAUGUCAAUGCUCUUGAUGUCGGUCCCGGGAACAUGGAAGCAAGCGUCCGUCUUCUUCUUGCUACAGUGGGUGAGAUUUACGGAGUUCAACCAUCAGCUUUCUACGAGUGGGAGAAGCGUCAGAGCUAUUCGUCCGCAUCUGGGGAAUGCCCAGUCUAUGACUCGGUUGCUGGUAUCGCAGAACGGUCUUUCCGUCAUGUUGUUCUGGACAGAUACGGCGACCUUAACUUGAAGAUUGAUGUUUUGAAAGCAUGUAUCAAUUGCUGUGAAGCUCUGCCAGAUUUUGAUGGUGUACUUCGCUUCACUGUCGAGCUCUUGCAGACCAUCCGGGGUGAUUUGAUGCUGUCUGAUGUCAAACAAGUGCCGCCAUAUCUGCCACCAGACGAACAAAUUCGUCUGUUGAACAACAUCAAGCGGACUGUUGGAGCCGCUAAUCGACUAGGAGCAUCAAAUAUGGCCGCAGAGUAUUGGGAUGAUUUUCUUGUGCGCGAUAUUCAAUUGCUUGCGUUGCCGGAUCCACGACGGCCCGUUCGCCGAUCCAAGAUCGAACUUGACGCUGUUACAACGAGCUCGGAAAAGUCAAAGAAAGACCCCUUCCUUUACAACCCAUUUGCCAAACCCAGCAGUAAAGCUAUGGAGAUGCUCACUGUGGCUGAUGAGGCUGCUUCAUUCAAGGUCACUCUCCAGAAUCCCUACGAGUUUGAAAUUGAAAUCGAACAUCUGCGACUGGAAAAUGAGGGUGUCUCGUUUGAUGCCGUCGCAGAAAAUAUCACUCUCCCUCCCCUUUCUUUGCAGGAUGUCAUUGUCCUCGGCACGGCGCACGAGCAAGGAGACCUCAACAUUACCGGAUGCAUUGUUCAAGUACGGAAUUGCAGGAUUCGUAAAUUCCCUAUCUUUAAAUCUCUUUGGAAACCCGAACCCGAGGUCAAGUUCAAACGGACAGGGCUGGAAUCAAAGAAACCUCUCAACGAACGUCCGGUAUCCUGGAGCUCGACUACUUCGAAAGAUGGGAAGGUUCAGGCUAAGAAGGGACCUGAGGCGGAAACAUGCCAGGUCAAGGUCAUCGGCAAACAGCCGUCUCUUGUGAUCGAGUCAAUGUCACUUUCGCAGUCAGCCUUGAUGGUUCUCGAGGGAGAGAUCAAGUCCUUUGAGAUCACGCUUCAAAACACGUCCUCGUGUCCUGUGGACUUCGUCUUAUUCACCUUCCAAGAUUCUACCACCAGACAACUUCAAGCGGCUUUGAGGAACAGAGACUUACUACCAGUCGAGAUCUAUGAACUGGAGCUGAAGCUUGCCACUCAACCGGCCCUUAGGUGGCGCCGCGAAGGACCCGAAUCGAGCGAUUGCUUCAUUCCACCCAAAGAAAGGGCUACAUUCACCGUCGAUGUACUUGGCAAGCCUGGUCUGCAAGAUACGACGGUGCAGAUCGACUACUCGUACUUGGGAGCCAAGCAGGCUGACCUCCCUGACGUAUUCUACACUCGGCAGUUGUUCGUUCCGUUAACUGUCACGGUCAAUGCGAGCGUGGAAGUUGCUCGCUGUGAUAUUCUUCCAUUUGGUGGCGAUUUCGCUUGGAAGAAUAACAUCGAUAGGCCGUCGGAUGCGCCACAGAAUUCGGACUCCCCUCUAUCCACUACAGAAAAUGAUCCGUUCUCUCAGGUUCUUGCUCGCCUCGGCAAGGGCGCCUAUGGACCUGACCACUGUGUGGUUCUACUCGAUCUUCGCAAUGCCUGGCCAAACCCACUCUCCGUUUGGCUACAAGUUAGCGAAAAUUCCAUUAUCGACGUCUCGUCUCCCCAGUCUCCUACAUCGACUACCGAAAAUGAAGGCCGUUAUUCUUACUUCCCCCGCGUCUAUGUGGACAACCCGCAUGCCUCAAUCCCGGUCGUCAACACCGGUACUCGACGACAAUUCGUCGUCAGCGCCAACAAGCUAUCCUUCGAAGCUGAGGCUGCGUCUAGAGAAGCCUUUUGGUUCCGCGAAGAACUCCUUAAAAGAGUCGUAGGAGGCUGGAGGGAACCCACCUCAGGUCGCGAGGGAUCCAUCGACCUCCGAAACAUCCGUCUGAACACCCGCAUGGUGGAAGCCAUGCGUCUCGAAGAUGUCGAGAUGAAUUUCUCUCUCACCUCACAUUCUACCACUACGCAAAACUCCCCCAUCGUCCAGACCGGCCGCCAUCGCUUCCGCGCUAAGACAGACGACCUCCUAACUGUAUCCGUCAACGUCCGCAACCGCUCCUCUCGUCCCAUCCACCCUCUCCUCCGCCUUCAACCCAGCUUACGACACCAACCUAGUAACAUUGCGCUGGACCUCACUCGUCGACUAGCGUGGACGGGCAUGUUGCAGCAGUCUCUACCGAUCCUCCCAAGCGGCGGAUCUACCCAAGCUACCAUCGGUGUAACAGUGCUAUGCCGCGGAGAAUAUGAGAUUGGUGCAAGUAUUGAGGAAGCGCGUCUUUUGCGCUCUUUCGACGAUCACAAGAGAGGAGAAGAUGACACCAGUCGUCACGACGAUAGUAUAAUGGAUACCUUUGGCGCGGAUGUAGUGCGACGACGGCGCGUCUGGCAUGCGAAGGAGACUUGUGUUAUUGAUGCUCAUGAUUGA